AUGUACAUCCUAGGAGUACCAAACCUUGGCCGAGGUCGCUGUCAAGACAUUAAAGAUUGGAGUGAGUUCAAAGCCACGAUGAUCGAAUUCGCAAAGAAUAUUGACGAGAAUGCGUUUUCCUUAUUUUGGGGCUCUGAAAAUGCCUUCCUAUCCCUUAAUUUGUAUGACCAUGGGCUCUUGCUACGCAAUCGUCAGCACAGUGGUGAAGUCCGCGAAGCCACCUAA